AGCUAUUCUUGUGUCAUGGCCCCUUUUCCUUGGGCUGAGAUACCUUCCCCCAUGGCCAAGACAUGAUGUUGAUAGAUCCUACUACACUCACGUCCGCCUCACUUUUAUGCAAUAGCCUCUCCCCAUCCACAACCAGAGUGCAAUAUGUCCACACCACUCGAUUCCUUUGCAAGGUUCGACCCCAGGAGUCAGAUAAAAGAUAAUUGCGAGUUCUUCGUAUCUAAAUACGAUGUUGUACAAGUAAUCGAGGCCAAGGUCGCUACAGGAUCCUUUGUGGCGUACGCGGUCCGCUCCAAUGAGAAGUCCCGCGACGCAUUGCUCUGUUCAGAACGCUGCCUCACGGUCCAGGACGCCAUCGAGUCACUGCUCAACAAGUCGUGCGAGGCGGUCCAAAACUAUAUCACCACCAACGGGUUCUCCUACCCCCCAGAUAUCAAGAAGACCAAACUGGACAGCAGCGACGACGAAGAAGAAGAAGAAGACGAUGACAGAGUCGAAGAGAUCGAUGACGAUGAGGAGGAGGAUGACGACGACGCGGACGUGGCGUCUAUCGUCUCCGGCCGAUCCGCGUCGUCCACCGUCGCCCUGUCCUAUUGGGGCAGCGACGAGGAGGCAGCCGCCAUGACGCCCGCUUCAUCCGCAGGCCCCCACGCAAGCCGCGGGAAAGGGCAAAGAUAUAACAGCAACGUCCCGCCUAGACCCCACCGCAGCUACGAAAGUAGCAACCACAGAAACAGCAACAACGGCGGCAGCGGCGUCAGCAGCAACACGGCUAAUUAUGCUAGUAAGCGCCGCUCCAAGCCACCACCUGCAGUAGUAGGCGUAAGCAAGCCGCCAAGCCCGCGCUUCGGUCCCGACGACUCCGACGACGAUGAAGUUGGCAUGCGCGCGCCCCGUAACCGCCCCUUGUCGUCGCCGCCGCCGCGACGCGUCAAGCCUGCUAGGACUUCGCCCAAGACGGUUUACGUCGACAGUUUCGGAUGCGUCGCUAGAUGCGGUGACAGCCCUGUCGUGAGCAACACCCUUAGCACCAGCAAUAGCGCUGGGAAUGCUGCUGGGAAAGCUACGGGUAGUAUGAGUGGUAUGGGUGGUAUCAGCGGUAUAGGCAAUACGUCGUCGACGACCUCGUACCGCCCGCCCCCGCCGCCACCUAGAUGGACCGGCCCGCCUAUGCCGCCGCCGCCGCCUCCCGCGCGCAACGCGCCCGUACCGCAGAACUUCGCGUUCGCGCACCCGCAUCCGCAUCAACUCCCGCAAGCAUCAGCGUGUCCCGCAGGCGUAGGCGCAGGAAGCCAGCCCGUCACCACACCUCCUUUACGUGCCCCCACCAUCACGGUGCCAUGUUCGCUUCAAGCACAAGCGCAGGCGCAGCCUCAGGUCCAGGUCCAGAGGGCCGCGUCGCUGCAGUACAAGGCUAGCAUGCCGAACCUCAGCUCCGGCUCUACCCACAACCACCAUCAGAAUCAUAACCACGCCCAGAACGUGGGCGUCGGGCCCGGUAACAGCAGGCUGUACGACGUGCGCCUGACGAUCCGGUGGCCGGGCCGCGGCGAGGCCAAGAUCCUGGAGAGCGCGCGGCCGAGCGUGCGCGCUUUGCAGGAGAUGGCGGUCGCGUACGCGAGGUCGCACGGUUCGGCGUUCGAUAACGGGGCCAGCACCGGCGGUUCUACCAAUGCUGAUGGAAGCUUCUCGAUGAAGCUUAACCCUUUGCAUGCGCACCACCACCACUCGCCUACGGGUAGUGGGAGUGGUAGCGGUAAUGGUAGUGCUCUAGCACUCCGCGCCUGCGUGCGCAGGGCGGUGUUCGCCCCCGGCGAGGCGUACGAUAUGAGCGCGUACCGCGGCGACGACCUGACGAAGCUGUUUAAUGUGCUGAGCGCUGGCGGUAUACCGAGGUUCGAGGUCGAGGUUGAGGCUGUGGCGCCUGGGCAGGUGCAGGUCCAGACGCAAGUGCAGCAUUAAGCGCUGGUCUGGCGUGUUGGCCUUGCGUGUUGGUUCGUCCCGGCCGCGUA